GUAGGUUCGGCUUCCAAAUAAUCGAAAUUCCACUCACUCCAAUUUCAAUUCAUCUGUAGCUCCUCUUCGAUCCAAUUCCCAAUCCGAUCUCGCCGCCGAUUAUGAUGAACAAACGCGUCCCCGAUUGGCUCAACAGCUCUCUCUGGUCCGCUCCCUCGCCGCAUCACGCCGCCGCCGACCCGCCGCCUCCGUCUCCGCCGCCACCCGCCGAGAGGCCGCCGCCGCCUAAGCCGGAGGUGUCCUCUCCCGCCUCUCACGACGCCAAUCGAGAAGGCAGGGAUCCGCUGGGCGGUGCUUCGGAGAACAAUGCGAGUCCGUGCUGCAGUGAUGAGGCGGACGGCCGGUCAUCGGAUUGCUCCGCUCCUGCAGCAGAGGCGUCUCCUUCUGUCAAGGACGUCACUCGGCAGAAUCAGAUUUUGAACGAGUUGUCAAAGAAGGUUAUAAAUGUAGGCGAAAUACGGAGACUAGCGUUACAGGGCCUACCUGAUGGAGCUGGUAUUCGCGCAAUGGUGUGGAAGGUACUAUUGGGGUAUCUACCAGCUGAUCACUCACUCUGGUCUUCAGAAUUGGCCAAAAAACGAUCUCAGUAUAAGCAAUUUAAAGAGGAGCUGCUAGUGAAUCCUUCAGAGAUUGCAAGGAGACUGGAAGAGGAGAGUCCUGAGAACCAUCAAUCGGAUACAGGCAGUCCACGAUUCCUCUCAAGAUCAGAGAUAAGUCAUGGAGAGCAUCCCUUAAGUCUUGGGAAGACUAGCAUAUGGAAUCAGUUCUUCCAGGAGACAGAGGUCGUGGAACAAAUUGACCGGGAUGUUAUGCGGACACAUCCAGACAUACACUUUUUCUCAGGAGACUCAGCUUUUGCUAAAUCCAACCAGGAGGCUUUACGAAGCAUAUUGAUUGUUUUUGCGAAGCUAAAUCCGGGAAUAAGAUAUGUGCAAGGGAUGAAUGAAAUAUUGGCGCCAUUAUAUUAUAUCUUCAAAAGUGAUCCUAGUGAGGAGAAUGCGGUUUGUGCUGAAGCAGACACUUUCUUCUGCUUUGUGGAGUUAUUGAGUGGGUUCAGGGACAAUUUUGUUCAGCAACUUGAUAACAGUGUUGUGGGUAUCCGUGCUACCAUUACAAGGUUAUCACAACUUCUUAAGGAUCACGAUGAGGAGCUCUGGCGUCAUCUUGAGUUCACAUCCAAAGUCAACCCACAGUUUUAUGCAUUCAGAUGGAUUACACUCCUUUUGACUCAAGAAUUUACUUUCACAGACAGUCUCAUAAUCUGGGAUACACUAUUAAGUGACCCCGAUGGUCCUCAAGAAACGCUGCUGCGAGUUUGUUGUGCAAUGCUAAUUAUUGUGCGGAAGCGUCUACUUGCUGGUGACUUCACUUCGAAUCUUAAGCUGCUGCAGAAUUACCCAUCAACAAACAUCAGCCACCUUCUCUAUGUUGCCAACAAGCUGCGGGUUCUCUGAUCUUGCGUCAGAUUUUCGGAUAUUUCAUCAAAUAUUCUUCAUGUCCUUUUGUAAAACUGCUGGAUGUAAAUGUGGUUUGCUAGGAAUUUGAACAUGUUUUUAAAUUAACUUGUUUGGAGAUUGAAUUAAUGUAAGAUUAUUUGAUAUUAA